CACACUUCCACAGCCAUCACUAUCACAGACUACCAAAUCUCUCUACUAGACGCCUCCAAGCAGCAGUAUCAGCGAAAUGCCAUUAUAUGAAAUCGAGCACAGCAUCCCCCUGGACAAGUCACAGCGCGAUGAACUUGCCCAGGCCAUCACCCACAUCCACACUCGCAAGUUUGCCACUCCUAGCUUGUUCGUGAAUGUCCGCUUCAUAGAUGCCAACGGCCAGCAUAAUUAUGUGGCGGGAAAGGAGGUGAUCAAUACCAGUUUUCUUCUACGAAAAGGAAAUGGUAAAUGAACUUAGGACCUUUCUGUCAACGCAGCGUGCCAUCAACCGCAUCAUGGCGUAUGUUCGGGCAGGCGGAACACGAACAACGGCCGAUUUCGAUGAGCUUGCGCAGAGUGUCUCGGAGGCUUGGGGUAAAGUCGUCAAUAAGAACGGGGAGGCUUCGAAGGAGAAACAACUGAAUGCCGUGUUUGUGUUGGGUGCAAUUACGACGGGCACGGAGAACGGGUUUCUGUUACCGCGGGUACGAGAUACUAUUGCUUGAUCAUGCACACUUUGGCUUUCGUGUGGAAAGCAGUGUUUGUUGGGUUUAGGCUAAUCGGAUGUUGAUUACAGGCUGGAGAGGAUGCUAUUUGGCUCAAGAAUAAUGCUCCGAAGUUCGAGGAGUUGGCGAAGCAAGGGGAUAGUGAUUUUGCUGAUUUGGUUGAGGAGAUGCGGA